AUAAGGGGGCUAUUCUCGUAAUUUAAACGAGUGUGUGAUGCAUGUUUGUCCACGUAAUGCAUAAACUGUUCCUUAAAACCUCGAAGAGUGUUCUCCAAGCUCUGCCAUCUGGCAUCUUUGCUCGUAAAGAGGUCUUCUUCUAAUCUUCUAUCAUGUCCUCUAAACUGGUAGAUAUGGCAGAGAAGCUUAUGCAAGCGGUUCAAUACAAUGGUUAUGGCGGAGGUGCUUCUGGCUUAAAGCAUGUUGAAGUUCCAAUUCCUAAUCCAAACAAAGAUGAGAUAUUGUUGAAAGUUGAAGCAGCAAGUAUAAACCCAUUUGAUUGGAAAGUUCAAAAAGGCAUGCUCAGGCCUUUUUUGCCUCGCAAGUUCCCCUAUACACCUUGCAAUGAUGUGUCAGGAGAAGUUGUUGAUGUUGGAGCAGGUGUUAAAAAUUUCAAAACUGGUGACAAAGUUAUUGCUAUGCUUAACCCUCUUAUUGGAGGUGGACUAGCUCAGUUUGCUGCAGCCAAGGAAAGCAUAACGGUCACUAGGCCACGAGAAGUGUCUGCAGCUGAUGCUGCAAGUUUGCCUGUAGCCGGUCUAACAGCUCUCCAAGCCCUCUCUCAAUCUGCUGGAGUGAAGCUCGAUGGAAGUGGCCAACCAGUGAACAUUUUGGUCACUGCAGCCUCAGGUGGCGUUGGUCAUUAUGCAGUUCAACUAGCAAAGCUUGGCAACACACAUGUGACAGCUACAUGUGGGGCUCGAAAUGUCAAGCUCGUGAAAAAGUUAGGCGCGGAUGAGGUUCUCGAUUACAAGACACCAGAAGGGGAAGCCUUGAUUAGUCCCUCGGGUCGAAAAUAUGAUGCAGUAAUCCACUGUGCAACAGACAUUCCUUGGUCAAUUUUUGAGCCUAAUUUGAGCACAAAUGGUAAGGUAAUAGAUAUUACUCCCGGACUUAGUUCCAUGGCAACUUUUGCUUUGAAAAAGCUUACCUUUUCGAAAAAGCAAUUGGUACCAUUAUUUCUAAAUCCCAAGGGUGAGAACUUGGAUUACCUUGUUAAGUUAGUUAAAGAAAAAAAGCUCAAGACAGUGAUUGACUCAAAAUAUCCAUUAACCAAAGCUGAGGAUGCUUGGGCUAAGAGUAUGGAUGGUCAUGCAACAGGGAAGAUUAUUGUGGAGCCUAAAUGAUAUGAUCAGAUGAAAUUUGAGUGAUUUAAGGGAGGAGAAUACAUUCUUUAUUUUAUUUUAUUUUAUGAUGAAUUAAUGUAAAUAAAAAUAAGCUAUAGACACAGCAGAACAAUAUACUGAUUGUCUGGCUUUAUAUUUUACUAUCUUGAUCUUGAAUUACUGAUCAUGAUUCUUAGUUUUAUGUUAUUUUGGGGGGAAAUUUACCAAAUUAACAUCAUAAAAUUGUAAAAUUUGCAAAAUGACUACAUUAAUGGUCGCAAAAGAAAUGUUUUAUAGUUUUUUUGAUAACAAGAAA